AGCUGUGAGCACAGAGCCCGACAUGGGACUUGAACCCACAAACUGGGAGAUCAUGACCUGAGCCGAAGUCGGACGCUCAACCAACUGAGCCACACAGGCGCCCUUCCAUGUGCAUUUUGAAUGGGAUAAAUAAAAAAGAUUAAGCUUAUAAUGCACUUAAAACUUUUCCCCUUUGUUUUAAAGGCAAAACUGUUUCUAAUAACUGAAGGCAGCACCUAUUAGGAAUAGAAGAACUAAGUAAAUGGAACCAAAGAACAAUGUGACUGACUUUGUCCUCUUGGGCCUCACACAGAAUCCAAAGGAACAGAAAGUACUUUUUGUUAUGUUCUUGCUCUUCUAUAUUUUGACCAUGGUGGGCAACCUGCUCAUUGUCUUGACUGUUUCUUUUAGUAAGACCCUGGACUCACCUAUGUACUUUUUUCUUGCUAGCUUAUCAUUUAUGGAUGUCAUUUAUUCCUCAUCUAUUUCUCCUGAACUGAUUUCAAAUUUGUUCUUUGGGGAAAAUACCAUAUCCUUCCAUGCUUGUAUGACCCAGCUAUUUACAGAGCACUUUUUUGGUGGAUCAGAGGUCUUUCUUCUGCUGGUGAUGGCCUAUGACCGCUAUGUGGCCAUCUGUAAGCCCUUGCAUUAUUUGAUUGUCAUGAGGCAAUGGGUGUGUGUUGUGCUCCUGGUAGGGUCCUGGGUUGGGGGUUUUAUGCAUUCAGUAAUUCAACUUAGCACUAUUUAUGGGCUCCCAUUCUGCGGUCCCAAUGUCAUUGAUCAUUUUUUCUGUGACAUGUACCCCUUACUGAAACUGGUCUGUACUGACACCCGUGUCAUUGGCCUGUUAGUGGCGGCCAAUGGAGGACUGAUCUGCACAAUUGUGUUUGUGCUCUUGCUCAUCUCUUAUGGUGUCAUCUUGCACUCUCUAAAGAACCUUAGUCCGGAAGGGAGGCGGAAAGCCCUCCAGACCUGUGGUUCCCACAUCACUGUGGUGGUCUUCUUCUUUGUGCCCUGUAUUUUCAUGUACGUGAGACCUGCUAAGACCUUCCCUAUUGACAACUCAUUGAGUGUGUUUUAUACAGUCAUAACCCCCAUGCUGAACCCCCUGAUCUACACUCUGAGAAAUUCUGAGAUGACAAAUGCUAUGAAGAAACUCUGGAGGAGAAAUUUCACAUAUUGUAGUAAAUGAGCACAUCAUCCACCAUGAAGAGAGUUACUUGACAUUAGGGUUCAUUUCUUUAGAAUUCAGAAGUCUUCUGAAAUCUGAUUCUGACUUUCCUUUCUUCAAAGAAUUUAUGAAAAUUAUAAUUAACGAAUGAAGUAGAUGACUGUGCUGUAAUAAGUGUCCCUCCCUGCUAGAAUGUAAGGUCUAUAUCAUAUUGUAGAUCUCUUCACUUAGGAAUGAGUAAUGGCUUUCCAGCAACGAAUCCAUAAGAGGUAAUGAAUUUGUGAGGAAAUUUUUAUAUGAUUACACUAAGUUUUAAUCAUUUAUGCACUUAUAUUUUAUAU